AUGGACAGCGCCACGUUCGCCCCGCGAGGCCUCCUCGCCUCCGCCGCGAGCACCCUCGCCUCCCCCUACGUCCUCCUCACCCUCAUCGUCGUCGGCGCCCUCGUCAUCCGCGCCCUCUGGAGGCCCGGUCCACUCGAUGGCAUCCCUACCAUCGGUCCCUCGGGACCGCUCACAUCGUACGUCGGCGCACUGCAGUUCAUGUUCCGUGGCCGGGACAUGAUCCAGGAAGGAUACGAGAGGUAUUACGGCGGCUGGUUCAAGGUCCCCAUCCUCGACCGCUGGAUGGUCGUCGUCAGCGGCAAAAAGCUCUCCGAAGAGCUGCGCGCCGCGCCCGACGACAUCUUUUCUCUUGACCAGGCCCUCGUUGACAUGCUUCAUCUUGACUUUGUGUUCGGUACCAAGGUGUACCUGAACCCCAUCCACACCACGCUCAUUCAGACCAAGAUGACAAAGUCCAUCCAGGCCCUGACGCCGGAACUCCACGACGAGUGCGUCCUGGCAUUCGAGCAGCACAUGCCGCUCACCGACAGCAAAGAGUGGACCGCCAUCCCCUGCCUUGAAACCGGCCGUCAGCUGUCGACCAGGAUCAACAACCGCAUCCUUGUGGGCGCGCCGCUCUGCCGAGAUCAGGAAUACAUCAACCUGAACCUCCGCUUCAUCGUGGACAUGUUCCAGUGCCGCCUGCUGCUCUGCCUGUUCCCUCGUUUCCUGCACGGCAUCGUCGGGCGGCUGUUUACGAACAUCAAUACGCAGAUCCGCACGGGGAUGCGGCUGCUGAAGCCCGUCCUCGACGAGCGUGUCAAGGCUCUGGAGGAUGCCGACGGCGAGUGGUCGUCUCAGCCUAAUGACAUGCUGUCCUGGUUGAUUGCCUCUGUCCCGAAGGAUGAGACGCUGGACACCAUGACGCGGAGGAUGUUGGGCGUGAACGUCGCCGCCAUCCACACCAUUUCCCAUACGUUCACGCACUCGUGCUACUACCUCGCCGCGAACCAGCAGUACAUCGCGCCCAUCCGCAAGGAAGUCGAGGAGGCGAUCGCCGAGGAGGGCUGGACGAAGGCCGCGUUCGGCAAGAUGUACCUGCUCGACAGCUUCCUGCGCGAGGUCCUGCGGCUGAACGGCGCGCAGGCGUGGUCGCUGAACCGCAUCGCGCUCAAGGACUACACGUUCUCGGACGGCACUUUUAUCCCCAAGGGCACGAACAUCGCCGCGACGUCGCACCCCGUGCACACGGACCCCUCGGUCUACAAGAACCCGGACGACUUUGACCCGUUCCGGUUCGCGCGCGCGGCCAAGGAGGACGGCGCCGCGAGCAAGCAUUUGCUCGUCACGACCAGCCUCGAUUACCUGCCUUUCGGGCACGGCUCGCAUGCAUGCCCCGGCCGGUUCUUCGCGGCCAACCAACUGAAGCUCAUGAUCGGCCACCUGCUGCUCAACUACGACAUCCAGCUGGAGCAGCCCGGCGUCGUGCCGCGCCAGAUCUGGUUCGAGGCCGCCGUCCUGCCACAUCAGACCGCCAAGCUCCUCUACCGCAAGCGCCAGACAUGA